CCCUCCCCCCCCUCCUCUCAAAGUUUCCCUUCCCUGACUACAAGACUCCGAUCCUUCCUCGCACCUACACCUCGUCCUCCUCAUCCUCCUCCAGACACCAUGGCUCAGAUGAAGCAGAGCAACCCCACGGAAAUGGAGCGAUCCAUGGAGAAGAUCAUCACAAUCUUCCAGAGGUACGCUGGCAAGGAAGGCAACGCCACCUCCAUGAACUUCAAGGAGUUUGAGCAGUUCAUGACCGCCGAGCUGGGCUCAUUCACCAAGAACCAGAAGGACCCGCAGACGAUCUUGAAGAAGAUAAUGAAGUCUGUAGAUGGUGGGGUUGAUGGAAAGCAGGAUGGAGAGAUUGACUUUCAAGAGUUUCUCAACCUUAUCGGUGGGAUGAUGGUGGCCGGUCAUGAGGCCUUGAUGAAGUUACCACCAACGCAAAAGAACCCCGUCUCCGCCACUAAACCAACAGACAUGGAAACCGCCAUGGAAAGCAUCGUUCGCAUCUACCAACACUACGCCGGCAAGAAAGGCGCCAAAAACCAGAUGGACUACACGGAGUUCGAGGGAUUCAUGAAGACCGAACUCAACUCCUUCACCGCUAAUCAGAAGGACCCGAACAUCGUCCGUCGGUUGAUGGAGUCGGUGGACGGCAGCACGGAUGGGAAACAGGACAAGCAACUGGAUUUCCAGGAGUUCAUGAACCUGAUUGGCGGGAUGAUGGUCGCCUGUCACGCUGCGUUUGUGACUCACAUGAAGAGGGUCUGAGGGCGCCGCGGGGCGAGCGCCGCACUUUUCAUCCAUUCCACGUUCUGCUGUCAAUGUUUUACAUGUUGUCGUUUCUUCUAAUAAAAAGUUUAAAUCGA